AAAAGUGACUUUUUAAAAUCAUACAUUUUUUUUUAUGUAAACGUAAAGUUUUUUUUAGCAAAAAUUUCUUCGAAAUUAUAUUCUUUGCGUUAUCGAUGCAACGAUGUACCGUUCUUGGGCACACGGAUUUUUGACUGCCAGAGGCAAUUAUUUCCUCUACAGUCGGCCAGGUCUUCACAUCGGGCGAGGAACUUUAAAAAAGUAACUCAUUGCGUAUUUGACAUGGACGGCACCCUUAUCGAUUCGGAGUCACAGUACGCUGUGAUGCUGAAGGAGAUCUGUGCUAGACAUGGCAAGAAGUACACGCCGGAUUUGGAAGCAAAAUACACGGGAGGUACGGACCAAGAGAUCUGCACAGGUUUGGUAAAGGACCUGCAUAUGAACUGCACAGCAGAUCAGUUGGAGUCUGAACUACGAGAGCUAUGUCGGGUAAAGCUGCCUCUAGCCCCAUUGACCAAAGGGGCUGAAAGAUUGCUGAAGCAUCUCCGCGCUAGUGGCAUUUUGUUCGCUUUAGCUACAAACUCCACGCGACAGUCUGUACGCCUCCACAUCCAUGCUAAGCCUAAACUAUUCGCUAUGUUCCAUCACAUGGUUUGUGCCGGCGAUCCUGAAGUGGACCGCGGGAAACCACACCCUGACAUCUACCUGAUGGCUGCGGCCAAAUUUCCUGAUAAACCGAAGCCGGUGAAGUGCCUCGUAUUCGAAGAUUCCGUGUGCGGCCUAGAGGCAGGACUUGCAGCAGGGAUGCAGGUUGUCAUGACGCCUCCGAAGCAUGUACCGCCGCACCAAUACCGCAAGGCUACCCUAGUUUUGAAAUCACUACAGGACUUCAGACCCGAAUAUUUUGGGCUCCCCCCAUUUCAGGAGGACAUUCAUAAAAGACCAACGCUCUUAUAAAUUGAGAUUGAUAUGGAUUUAGGCAACGCCUAAGACCGAUAGACCUUUUGCGCAAACUUACUGAGUUUUAAAGAAUAUUUCUCUACGCUGAUUGGCUAAGGAACAUGUUUGCGCAAGUAGCGCAAUUUAGCGCAAUUUAGCGCAAGUACUACAGCUGUUGAGGGUUUUUUGACGCUUGCCAAGAUACUAUUCUUUAGACGGUUUCAUUAGUAUUUAUUUUUGAAAUUAAAAUCCUAUUUGCGCAAAAAUCAAAAGUAUCGAUUGAAAAGAGAAGUGUUGCCUCAAUGAAUAAAUAAUUAAAAGUUGUUAGCUUUGGAUAUUGGGGUUGCCACUUUGAAAUAUAAUAUGUUGGUGUUGCCGCGUUUUUGGUACAACGAAAUUAUCUACCUGAUUGUAAGUAGGCCGCGAACAAUGUACGUUUUAAUUAAAUAUUUACCGAUUAGAAUCGUAGUUAUCGGUUUCCAAUUAAUGCUAAAUACUUUUUAUUAUUUUACUGUAGCCGACUCACUAAUUAAAUAAAAUGUU